UCUGUCUUUUCAGGCACUCCCUGUUCGCUUUCAGUGCAGCCACAGUCCAGCACUUUUUACUCCAACAACAGCCGUUUUUCAAAUAUUGCCUUCCUCCUCUGUGCAGCUUCACUCCCUCCUCAGGAUGAGCGACAAUCCCCUCUUCAACAGGAUGCAGGCCAGAAUCCAGAUGGCAAAGGAAAUGAGUGAAGAGCAAAAGUUGUACCGAUACAAUGGGGUGUUAUACCCGACCCUUAUGUGUCCUGAGGAAAACAUGAGGGCUCUGGACAACCUGAAGGCCAGAGAGGAUGAUUUGAUGCUGGUGGCUUAUCCCAAGUGUGGUUUCAACUGGAUGGUUGGAGUUAUAAAAAAGAUAAUGGCAGAGGGCACAGGAGAUAAAACUGAGAGGAAAACACCACCCCUAAUUGAGUUUUUUGGUCCGGAAGUUCUGAAGGCAGUAGAGGAGUCGCCCUCUCCAAGGUUUUUAGGGACUCACCUUUUCCCCGACAACAUCCCCCCCUCCUUCUAUGAAAAGAAAACAAAGAUGAUGGUGAUCUUUAGAAACCCCAAGGACACUCUCGUUUCUUAUUAUCAUUUCUGCAACAACAACCCAGUCCUACCAACUGUGGAGUCCUGGGAUUCUUUCUUCUCCCAGUUCAUGAAGGGAGAAGUUUCCUGGGGUUCAUACUUCGACCACGCUUUGGCCUGGGACAAAAAAAUGGACGAUCCUAAUGUUAUGAUUGUCACCUAUGAAGACUUAAAACAGGACCUGAAGGCAGGUGUGCAUCAAAUCUCCAACUUCUUUGGCUUCAAUCUGACGGAGGCUCAGGUCCAACAAAUCGCUGAAAAGAGCACUUUCAGCUCCAUGAAAGAAAACUCCGGCCAAUCCCAUGGCAACAUAGGAAACGUCAUCUUUAGAAAAGGUGAGGUCGGGGACUGGAAAAACCAUUUUACUCCAGAACAGAGCCGAGAGAUGGAUGAGGCCUUCAACAAACAUCUGGCUGGAACCAGACUGGGAGCCAAAAUGGACUACCAGAAGUACUGCCAGUAGAGGGAGAGGAAAUGUCUGCCAGGCGCCCUCUGAUAGAUUUGGAGUUUAUUCAGUUCAGGUUUUAAAAAGGAUGGCAAAGGAGAAGCAAAAUUAAAAAACUUUUUGAUAUUCCAGGAGAAAAAAAAUGUACCACUUACUCACAGAGGUCACACAUCUACAUAUUUGCUUUGAUCUAAAGACUGUUUUGUGCUGCUAAGACUCAGUCAAAGUUCUGUGGCAGAAGCAACAACGUCAGAGGUCAAGAAAAAAAAACAUCUCUACAAUCAGCCUCCAAAUAUCAACUGAAAGGGACUUUUUUAAACUCAGCUUGUUUCAAAUUCCAGUUUUGUUCUGCUUUCUACGGUGGCCCUGAAGUCCAAAUCAUACCAACAAAGCACUCAACGCUAAUACAUAUUAGAAAUCACCACAAUUAAAAAAGGAAUUUGCUCUUCGGUGCCACUGUAGUUUUCUAACUUGGCAGCUACAUAAACCUGUCAACACUUUUGUGGAAACUUCACUUCAGUUUAUAACUGAAAUCAUAAAUACUGUCACAGACAUAGGGGAAUAAUAAUGAGUUACUUUUACUCAGUUACAUUUACUCGAGUAAGUUUCAAUUAAAAUUGUACUCUUCUAAGUAUUUUUUCUGCAUCAUACUUUUUACUUUUACUGAGGUAGACAUGUGAGAAUAAACCACUACUCAUUUACAACUGUAUGUAACUGCUGAGCUUCUUUUUAACUUUUGUACCAUUUAUUUUAGGGAUUCACGAUAAAAUAAGUGGAGAACAUCUACAAGACCUGCAAAAAAUUUUUAAAAUAAAACUGUACUUGAGACAUUCGCUCACCAAUUACUUUUUUCCCUUUUAGUAAGUAUUUGGGUGUCCACUUUGUAUUUUUACUGGAAUAAUAUUUUUCAAAGUAAUGAUACUUCUACUUGAGUACAAUUUUUGGGAUAUCUUCCCGCCUCUUCUCACAGAUACAUUAAAAAGGCUUGGUUUCCUGUGAAUAGAACUGUACUGUAAAAAGCUAAUAAAGCAAUCUCUUCACAUCAGA